AUGAAGAUGUUAAGACGUUUCCUCUUGAUUGCAUACCUUAUUAGUGGCAUGGUAGCCUUCACGGCAGUUCAAGCUCAAACUGAAUCAGGGUUCAUCAGCAUAGAUUGCGGAGUGCCUGCUAAUAUGACUUACACAGACAAAACAACCGGCUUGACUUACGUUUCAGAUUCAAAUUUCAUCGAAAACAACAUAGGUGAAACCCAUACAAUAUCACUUGAAUACCAUUCGCCCAAUAUUGAGAACCAAUUUUCAACUUUAAGAAGUUUUCCUCAAGGAUACAAAAAUUGCUACACCCUAAAGCCAGCAGAUGGAAAAGGGUACAAAUAUUUGAUAAGGGCAAGAUUCUUGUACGGAAAUUAUGAUGAAAGAAUGAUUGUGCCGGAGUUUGAUUUGUACAUUGGGACUAAUAAAUGGGGGACUGUGAAAUUGGAUAAUGCAUCACAUGUUGGGAGCAUGGAGAUCGUAUAUAUUUCAACUUCAACUUAUAUAUUUGUGUGUAUAGUGAAUACAGACCAUGGCACACCCUUUAUUUCGGCUUUGGAACUUAGGCCUUUGAAGAAUUCUACGUACACCCCUACUCGGGCAGCUGUUCUAUAUCAACGCUUGGAUUUAGGUUCCACCACCAAUAAAUCGGUCAGAUUUCAAGAGGAUGUAUAUGAUCGUAUAUGGCAGCCCUAUAAUAUGGGAGAUGCCAAAAUUUUAAGCACAUCGCUGACAGUAGACUCUGGUACCGUAAUCAAUUACACCCCACCAUCAAGUGUUUUGGCCACCGCUAUGAUCCGAGAAAAUGUGACUAUUGAGCCUGAAGAUCCCACUGCUAAAUACUACGUGUACAUGCACUUUGCUGACCUAGAAAAGCUUCAAGCAAAUGAGUCAAGAGAAUUUUUAAUCUAUGAAAACGACAAGUUGUGGAAUGGCAAUGAUCAACCUUUUGCUCCUGAAUACUUGUACACCACUACUAGAUUUAGCACUUCCCCAGUCAGUGGCAACAGAAUAAACUACUUGUUCAAACAAUCUACCACAUCUACACACCAACCUAUCCUCAAUGCUCUUGAGAUUUUUAUUGUUCAGAAUUUCUCACAACCACAAACAUAUGAACAAGACGUACACAUAUUUAACAAACGUAAUCAUUGCCAUUUUUUUGGAGGGAGUGUUAUGUAA